AUGUCAUUCCCCGACUCCACAAAUUUCUCCAAUUCAAAACACCGCACAUACUUCACCAUGGACAGAUCCCCCUCCAGCGAAACGCUAUACCUCGAUUCCUCAGUCUCCCGCGAACAACGCAACCAAGCCGAGGAGGAAACGGUCGUCAACACCGACCAAGGUGACCAAAAGGAAGAAGGUGUUAUUGCAGGCCUGAAAAACCGAAUUGAUUCCAUGGCAUCUGGGAGCUCGAUGGCGGAAUUAGGGAAUUCUGUAUCGGCCGUUGCGCAGGACAGCGCGGGAGCUGUUAAGGAAACUGUUAUGGAGAGCGUGCCUCAGGCAUUGCACACGGUACAAGAUCAGAUUUAUGCACUUGCAAGCGGUGCUAAGGCGGUUGAGGAGACGGUUUCCGAAACUCUCAGCGAGGAAACGCAGAAAGAGUUCGAACACAUCGACAACAUGCCCAAUGAGCGGGUGUGUGAUUUCUUACGCAACAAGCAUAUGAGCAAUGCGCAUGUACGACCGACAGACUAG